AACAAUUAAAAGUACAUUUCAAGAGGGUAAUUUCGUCAUUAAACUGCAAUACAAAAUGCAUUUUCAUGGCUCUUUGUUCAAUGCUGGUUUUUUUGUCUUUGUUUGAAAGAGAAACUGCAAAUUUUUGCUGUGAAAGAUUGUUUCUUUGAAGAUGAAAGAAUCCUCCGCCAUUAAUGAAAGCAGCAAAGCUUUUGACAAAGUAAAAAAGAAACAACAUUGAAACCCCAUUUUUCUUUUCUCUUUUUGUAAAGCAGUUUCCUUUUUUAGCUCUUUGGUUUAAAUUUUCCUGGAAAAUUUUAGAUUUUGAAGGAAAGAAGAAAAAAAAUGGGGUGUUGGUAUUCAAGGAUUGACAGAGAAGAAUCUGUUUCCCGUUGUAAAGCAAGGAAGAGAUAUAUAAAAGAAUUAGUUAUAGCUAGACAAGCAUUAUCAGCUUCACAUUCUAUGUAUCUUCGUUCUUUACGAGGUACUGGAUCAGCUCUGGUUCAAUUUUCAAGCAAUGAAACCACUUUACACCGUCCACCUCCGGUGCCGGCACCACCACCGCCUCCGCCGCCACAGCAGCCGCCGAUGAGUCCUGGUUCAGACACUUGGACAUCGGGUACAACCACCACUGCUUCCCCUGCUCUUCCUCCUCCACCACCACCGCCACCAUCUAGUAGCUGGGAUUUUUGGGAUCCAUUCGCACAAGCCGCCACUACUGCCUCUCGUUCAGUCACUGAAGAAGAAUGGGAAGCUGCUACUUCUACAUCCGAGACGGCUGUCACCGCCGUUACUGGAGCUGCAAACGCGGCAGCGCCGCCUUCGAGUGGUAGUGAGCUAGCCAUGGUUGUUUGUAGGAACAGUAAAGAACUAGUGGAGAUUGUUAAAGAAGUUGAUGAAUAUUUCCUUAAAGCUGCUGAUGCUGGUAGCCAUCUUGCAUUACUGUUAGAAGCUUCAAAUCCCAAUCUUUCAGGCAAAGGGUAUAAUAACUAUGCCUGUAACUUAACCCCAACAACAUGGACAUGGAAUUGGAACCCCAAAAUAGUCGAAAACACCAUUGUUGGACAUACAGGAAAUACUAGCCAUUGUUCCACCAUAGAGAGAUUAUAUGCUUGGGAGAAGAAACUAUACCAGGAAGUCAAGAAUGCUGAGGCUAUAAAGAUAGAACAUGAGAAGAAGGGGGCACAUAUGAGGAAACUUGAAGUGAAGAGAGCUGAGUAUAUGAAAACUGAGAAAACAAAGAAAGAAGUUGAAAAAUUAGAAUCCCAAAUGAUGGUUGCUUCACAAGCUAUUGAAACUACAUCAGCUGAAAUCAUUAAACUCAGAGAAUCUGAGCUUUACCCUCAAUUACUUGAGCUUGUAAAAGGAUUGAUGUGCAUGUGGAGAAGCAUGUAUGAGAUCCACCAAGUUCACACACACAUAGUUCAACAACUCAAGUACCUUAAUUUCAUCCCUUCUAACGAGCCGACAUCCGAGAUUCACCGGCAAUCAACUCUCCAGCUCGAGCUUGAAGUCCAGCAAUGGCAUUUGUCUUUCUGCAACUUAGUCAAAGCUCAACGAGACUAUAUUCAGUCCCUUGCUGGUUGGCUUCGGCUUAGCCUUUUCCAGUUCAGCAAAAACCUGCUUUUAAGAAACAGUCAAGAAUCGAAAAUUUACUCUUUUUGUGAAGAGUGGCAUCUUGCGGUCGAUAGGAUUCCAGAUAAAGUAGCAUCUGAAGGAAUCAAGAGCUUCUUGACAGUAAUCCAUGCCAUCGUAGUUCAACAAGCCGAGGAGUAUAAGCAAAAGAAGAAGGCAGAUUCCGCGUUUAAAGACUUCGAGAAGAAGGCAGCUGAACUUAGAUCACUCGAAAGUAAGUACAGCCCUUUUUCUGUACCGGAAACAAACAAAGACCCCAUUGCAGUAAAGAAAACAAAAGUGGACUUAUCGAGAGCCAAAGCGGAGGAAGAGAAGAGUAAGCACGAGAAGUCGGUGAGCUUAACACGAGCAAUGACUUUGAACAACCUUCAAAUGGGGUUUCCGCAUGUGUUUCAAGCAAUGGUAGGGUUUUCGAGCGUAUGCAUGCAAGCGUUUGAAUCCGUAUACAACCAAGCCAAGAGUAUCGAACAAGAGCACGAUGAUUAUGUGCCAACCGUUUUCGACAAUUUCAGUGCGAAUGUUGUUGUCAACGGGAGUACUGUUAAUCUCGGGUUGUGGGAUACUGCAGGACAAGAGGAUUAUAACCGAUUAAGACCCUUGAGUUAUCGUGGGGCUGAUGUGUUCAUAUUGGCGUUUUCCCUCAUUAGCAAGGCGAGUUACGAAAAUGUUUCCAAAAAGUGGAUUCCGGAGUUAAACCAUUACGCCCCCGGCAUUCCGAUUGUUCUUGUUGGAACUAAGCUUGAUCUUCGGGACGAUAAGCAGUACCUUAAUGAUCAUCCUGGAGCUGUGCCGAUUUCUGCAGCUCAGGGAGAGGAACUGAGGAAGCAGAUUGAUGCACCUGCUUAUAUCGAAUGCAGUGCAAAGUCACAGCAGAACGUGAAGUCGGUUUUCGAUUCAGCCAUUAAAAUCGUUCUUCAACCUCCUAAACAGAAGAAAAGGAAGAACAAACCAUGCUCGACAAUGUGAGUAGAAACAGAAAAUGUAGAACCCCCUUCUUUCCCUUUGUUUUUUUGCACUCGAAGAAAUUAGAACUACCCCGGAUUUUGAUCUCCCAAACCGACGCAACCAAGGAUCAUCGCGAAGCAUCUUAUGGUUCAGUAGUAUAUUAUGUUAUUGCAACUCCUUUGGCAUCUCUAAUUGUUUGAAAUGAAAUAGAUCGAUGUUAGUUAGGAAACUGCUCGGAAAGUCUUUAAUUUUAUCGUUUUGUAUCGAUUUAUGUUCAUGUUUUUUGUUUUUCUGUUCUUACUUUCUUGUAAAUCGUUCGUUUUGGAUUGAAACGAGUCCUUUCAUCCGCGUAUAUAUGAUCUGUUUAUGCCUA